GUCCUCCUGCUCAGCCAUACUUUGAUGAGGAAACAAUGGCAUGUGUUUUAAAAGAACAAUUUGGUUUCUACGACAAAGUAGGAAGACACUAUAAUAAUGGUGACAAGUGCCAACAACUGAAAACUGUCAUACAUGUACAUGCAGUUCAAUCACUAUCCAAUGCCAUUACGAUGCCUAAGCCUGUACCUGUACAUAUAAUGGAAACAAAUACCCACCUGGUAGUACCAUCUAUAACACAACAGAUGGUAAGUGCAUCACAGCAGUGUGUGGGAAGAAUGGUACCAUUGAUAAGAUGUCAUACCCAUGUGCAUCAACAACGCAUAUGCCCACUGCAACCACUACUACAGUCAGCCAGAUGCCAACCACCUUUGUUUUUACAUCAACCACUCCAGAGCCCACAUGUAAUCCUUGUCAAUGGUCACCCUGGUAUGAUACCAGCUUUCCCACACUGGGAACUCCAGGAGGAGACAAUGAAACUUAUCAAAGGAUUCGAGAGGCAGGGCACAAGAUAUGCAAUACGCCUAGCCAGAUCCAGUGCAAAGCUGAGAAGUUCCCUAAUGUCACCAUUGACAAUGUGGGACAAGUAGUGCAAUGUAAUUUGGAUAAGGGGCUGACAUGCAGAAAUGAAGACCAGUCAGGACCGCUGGCCUUGUGUUUUAACUACCAAGUCAGAGUUCUGUGUUGUGACUAUACUACAUGCCCACCACAGCCUACUACUCAAAGCACCACCAUGAGCCACACAGUAAUAUCUACAAGUACAACACCUUCAACUCCUUCUACUACAAUUACAACCACUUCACCUUCUACCACAACUGAAACAACAACUGCAACUCAGCCACCUACAAUGUCUAUUACAACCACUUCACCUUCUAGCACAACUGAAACAAUAACUACACCUUGUCAGGAAACCGUAUGCUACUUCUCCCAGUGGAUAAGUUCAGACUACCCUGAAUAUGGCCCUGGAGGUGGAGAUAAUGAAACCAUCAGACAUAUUAUCCAGAAGGGAUAUAAGAUCUGUGAUAAUCCUGUGGCGGUGGAGUGUCAGAGUGUGCAUUAUCCAGGGGUUCCCCUAGAAAAACUGGGCCAAAGAGUUACAUGUAAUGAGCAAGGACUCCUGUGCAAAAACAUUUUACAAAAUCCCCCUAUAUGUUUAAAUUAUGAAAUAAAAGUAAAGUGUUGUUAUUCUGCACCACAGUGUCUCACAACAUCUACAACUAGUCCUACUACCAUACCUAGAACAACAACUACAACUCAGCCACCUACAGUGUCUAUUACAAAUACUUCUCCUUCUACCACAACUGAAACAUCUACAACUCAGCCACCUACUACCAUACCUAGAACAACAACUACAACUCAGCCACCUACAAUUCAAUUGCUGUAUGUGUCUAACAACUUCGACUCCUACUACAAUUACAAGUACAACACCUUCGACUCCUACUACAAUUACAAGUACAACACCUUCGACUCCUUCUACUACAAUUACAACACCCUCAACCACCAAAACAACUACACCUUCUACCACAACUGA